AUGUGGAGGAAGAUUAUAAUUCCUAAAUUUAAUGGAGCUAAUGACCCGGAAGCCUAUUUGGCAUGGGAAAUGAAACUUGACCAAAUCUUCAACUCUUACGAUUAUGAAGAUGAUGAUAAGGUGCUUAUGGCUUCCUUGGAGUUUGAAGGUUAUGCUAUGAAUUGGUGGAAUCAAAUCACCGUGGACAAAGCUAGAAGAAGGCGGUUGUCAAUUUCUACAUGGGAGCAAUUAAAGGUAGCUAUGAAGGAAAGAUUUGUGCCUCCUUAUUAUAAAAAAGAGAUCUUCAACAAAUUACAAAGACUUACACAAGGAAAUAAGAGUGUUAAAGAGUAUGUUCAAGAGAUGGAGGUCACCUUGAUGAAAGCUGAAGUUGAAGAAACACAUAUGGCUACAAUGGCUAGAUUCUUGAAUGGAUUAAAUAGGAAGAUUCAAGAUGUGGUGGAAAUGCACCAUUAUGAGACCUUGGAGGAUCUUAUUCACCAAACCACCAGAGUGGAACAACAACUCAAGAGAAGAAGCGCCUAUAGGAAGUCAUCCACCUCAUGGUCAUUGAGAGAUAAGGAGAAAUAUAAGAAGGAGGGGGCUACUUCUACCAUUCCUAAAUCUAAGGAAAAGGAGUCCUCAAAUGGAAAAGUAACUUCUCAAGCUAAAAAUGAUGAUUCUUCACAUUCUAGUGCAAUAAAAUCUUUUAAAUGUUUGGGUAGAGGACAUAUCGCAGCUGAAUGUCCCAACAAAAGAACUAUGAUGUUGUUGGCGAAUGGUGAGUACAUUAGUGAGCCUUCCGCGGGUGAAUCAUCUGAAUCAUCUAAUAGUGAUGAGGAGGAAAAAGAGUGUGAAGUCCCCCCUUUGGAGGGAGAUCUCUUGAUGGUUAGGCAAUUGUUAGGUAGUAUGAACAAGGAGGAAGAUGAGACCCAAAGAAUAAAUAUUUUUCAUUCUCGAUGUAUGGUUUUGGGAAAUGUGUGUUCCCUCAUCAUUGACGGAGGUAGUUGUACAAAUGUAGCAAGUAAACAGCUCGUGGAGAAGCUUGGUUUAGUGACAUCUAUACACCCUAGUCCUUAUGCUUUGCAAUGGUUGAGUGAGGAUGGAGAAUUGGUGGUAGAUAAGAAGGCGAACAUUGCUUUUUCUAUGGGUAUGGAACAACUUCUCAAAGAAUAUCAUGAUGUCUUUCCUCAAGACAUCCCUCAUGGUUUACCUCCUCAAAGGGGUAUUGAGCAUAAUAUAGAUCUCAUUCCGGGUGCAUCCCUUCCUAAUAGGCCAGCCUAUAAGAGUAAUCCAGAAGAAAUCAAAGAGAUACAGAAACAAAUGGAGAAACUUUUGGAAAAAGGAUGGAUUCUGGAAAUUAGCUCAAAAGGGGUACAAGUUGAUGAAGAAAAACUCAAAGCCAUUAGGGACUGGCCCAUCCCUAAGAAUGCAAGUGAGAAAGGGCAUCAUAUAGCCUAUUUCAAUGAACGGUUGAAAGGGGCGGUGGGAAACUAUUCCACUUUUGACAAAGAGUUAUAUGCCCUUGUUAGAGCUUUGCAUACUUGA